AAAAAUGUUACUUUUGAACCGAAAAUGUUGGCAUUCAAUGCCAAAAAGGAAAUCUUACCUUCUGUGAGAGGAAAGUUUAGUUUGAGAGGAGGUGAGCUUAGCAAUCUGCUGGAAGAGAAGAUCAGGGAGCUCGAUUCACUAGAUCAGUUUGAGACGGGAAUUAGAGAUGUUGCUAGAAGAUCCACUGCUUCCAUACUUGAAGAGUUAGUUUCAGCCCUGACUGCUGGAGAACCUGUAGUUCAAAGCAUCCAUCAUACUGCGGAGUCAGAGAUCCGAGCAAAUCCGUUCAAUGCCGCAUUUAUAGUUAGCGACAACAAUCAUCCUAGCCCAACAUCAAUAUUCGACGCAGCAUUCUCUAGUGAGAGUUGCUCAGUUGGUAGCAUCAAUGGAAGCUUUGACAUGAAAGAGAGCAAAACACUCAAAGACCCCUCACACAAAUGCAAUAAAAAAGAUUCACUUGAACUGGAGUCCGAUCUUCUGGACUCCGCCAACUCAGUGGAAUUUAGCGGAUCUGAUAAUGAAAAGAUUAUGAACAGCGUUCAAAGCGACAUUUACGUUGGAGUUCUCGGAACAAAAUUCGGCUUUUCUAAUCAAGCCGUCUCGAAGACGAAAUUUCUUCUCAAGAGCAUCCUCUUCUUCGAUUCGGAAAGUAAGCUGCAGCCUUCUGUCGACUUCUUUCUUUAUGACAUUUUUGCUUCAAUCUCAGAUGCUUUCUUUAUGAGGAUGAAGUCGAGGUUAAGCUUAUCAGAACCCAAUGGCUAUAAUCAUAUCAAUGAUUUUCUAUUUGAGUUCUUAAUUGAGAGCUUGGUUUUAAGAUUUAACCAAUUCUGCAUGUCUGGGUAUAAGUUCUCGUUGAAAUUGCCUGUUCUAUUAAAUAAAGAGCAGCUGUUGAAAGAGAUUAAUGGGGAGAUAGAAAGGUUGGUGGAGUUGAGUGGUAAGGUUUUGGACGAUUUGGCAGAGCAGGAGCUGAGCUCCUCGAACAUGAGGUGGACGACAUUUGAUGCUGAAGCAUCGUCGACGGCCAUCGACAUUGAGACUGUGAUACUUCGGGAGUUGGUAGAUGAAAUGUUUAUGGAUUUGCUUGUAAUAAACUAACUUUAAGACAUCAGAACUAGUAGUGGUUGCUGGCUGUAAAAUUUUGUUUGGUUGUGGAUUAACUGUUGUGUAGAAUUGCUUCAGAGGAGGGAGCUCUUGUUCAGAAAUUUUUCUACUGUUUUAACUUCCUUGAAUCUAUCUGAAGUUUUUCUUGUACUAUUUUGAGUUCCAAUGGAA